AUGAAAGACAUUUUCGACAUAUAAAUGGCCGAAAUAUAAAUACUAGAAAAAAUAGAAAAUUAAUUUAUAGUAAAAUUAAGAUAUGCAUUUUAAUCACAAUCGAAAUUAUAUUUAGUUGUCGAUUUUAUGAAUGGUGGUGAUCUUUUUUAUCAUUUAAAAAAGCACGGCAAAUUUACAGAAAGAACAACAAAAUUUUAUGCAGCCUAAAUAGCAUUAGGAUUAGAGCAUUUGCACAGUAAUAAUAUUAUAUAUCGUGAUUUAAAAUCUGAAAAUGUUUUAUUGGAUUAAAAUGGAAAUGUUAAAUUGGCUGAUUUUGGACUUUCCAAAACAGAUGUUACUGAUCAAAUGCCUGGAUAUAGUAUUUGUGGUACUCCUGAAUAUUUAGCACCAGAGAUUAUAUUGAAAUAAGGACACAAUAAAGCUGUUGAUUGGUGGAGUUAUGGAGCUUUAGUAUAUGAAAUGUUAACUGGAACACCACCUUUUUAUUCAGGAAAUAAAAAAAAAAUGUUUAAUGAUAUAAUAACAAAAGAUAUUCCAAUGCCUAACUAUAUUUCUAAAGAUGCCUAAUUAUUUUUAAGAUAGCUUUUAGUUGUAAAUAUUUGA